AUGCCAAGAUUACCAGCUUCAUUAUUGCUGUUAUUAUCAUACUGCGGGCGGGUAACAACCUCCCCAAUUAAGCUUAACAACCCCCGCCGGACGGCCCUGGUUCUUUUACAGGAAGGACCCUGCGUUCCACGUCCCCUGCUUCGCAAUUUACGACUUGGACCUCGACACAGCUGAGAAACUAUGAUAUAGUCCCCGCCGGGUCAGCCGCGCUUCCCGCCCGGUCCGUUCCCGCUGCUGUUGUUCCCCGGCGCCUCACGCGAAUGCCGACGCCAAUGGCGGCCGCGGCCGGAAACGGAGAGGCCUCGCCGCUCGUGGAGGCGGCGGGGUGUAACAUGCUGCGGCCGCGGGGCGGGCCGCCUCCCCCGUCGCCGUCCCCGGUGAUCGGCAAGCCGCUCGCGUCCGGCGCAGUGCCGCGGCAUGCGCUGGAGUUCGACGGCGAAGGGCGGUAUCUGGACGCGACAUGGGACCUGCCUACGUCGCCGAAGACGUCGCCUUCCUCCGCGGCGGGGGCGUUCACGUGGCAUCACGUCGAGCUCCCGCGGUUGCUCACCGGUGGCGCGGCCGCGAAGCCGCUACACCACGCGCAGGCGCUGAUCGAGCUCCUGUGCCCGCCGCUCACGCUCCAGGAGAUCCUCGCGCUCGUCGGGAACGGCCCGCACUGCGGUGGCGUCGCCGACGGCGGCGGCGGCGCACUCGUGCUCCGCGUCAGCGCGCCGGGCCCGCUCGGCAGCGCCUUCGCCAUCCGCCUCGCCGCGCGCGUCACCGAGAGCUCCGUAGUCACCGUGUCCGUCGGCGCCGUCCCGCGGCUCGCGUUCGGGACCACGCAGGCGUCGCUCCUCUCGGAGGUGCCCCUCGGGGUGGCCGCCUCGCUCGCCGAAGAGGGGCACGGCGGCGGCCGCGCCGUCGAGGGCGGCGUCGUCAUCGACGAGCGCCUGCUCGAGUCGCUGCUCGCUAUGAACCACGCGGACGGAGCCCACACCGACAACCCGGUGCCACGGACGGUGUCCAACCUCCUCGUGCACGUCCUCGGCACGCACGUCGACCACGUCCACGACAUUGUCACGCGCCUCGAGAUGGAGAUCGACAACAUCGAGCUGCACAUCGACAAAGGUGGUCACUUCAUGAGAAAACUUCUGUUGGAUGGUAGGAGAUUCCCCAAAAUGCACCUUGAUUUACAGCGCCUACUUCAGGUGGUUUCUCACGGCGAACAAGUCUUCCCCCGUGUGAAGGACAGAUGUGCGAGCAAGAGUUGGUUCGCAACCGAGGAUAUUGCCGCCCUCGAAGAUUUGAUCGGCCGCCUUAGGAGGCUCAAGGAAAACCUUGGAUUUAUAACAAACAGAGUGACCACGCUGCAGGCCAGCCUCGACAGCUGGCAGUCAGAGCAGAUCAACAAGAGCCUAUACUAUCUUUCAUUCCUCUCCAUAGUUUUCCUCCCUCUCUCCAUUGUAACCGGAGUUUUCGGGAUGAACGUCGGUGGUGUGCCAUGGACCGAGCAGAACAAGAACCCCGCAAAUCUGGACGGUUUCGCCAACGUGAUGCUGAUAUGCGCCGUGAUCUUGCUGCUCCUGCUGCUUUGCUUUCUGUUCCCUUCACUGUAUUCUCAUGUGUCGGCAUGGCGAACCCGGCGUGAGCUGACCAGGAGUGGCUCCCAGAACAAGAGGCACCUGAAACUCUUCAAAGACCACAGGGAAGGCUACAUGCGCCUGUGAGGGGAGCAUCACAGGUUCUUCCUGUACUCACCUGGGGGAUACUUUGCGGUAGGCGAUCAUGAAGGGAAGAUCCGAGGUGUUCCAUUGGCAGCGAAAAAUCAUGAUACCAAGAUUUUUUUGGAUGAUGUUGUUGUAAUAUUGGGUGUAAAAUUAGACAGAAAACUAGAUAGGGGCCUUGUACAGCUUUGGUUCACAACCUCCGACAUAGGUUCACCACACAUCUGUUCAUUUUUUAGUUCUUUUCUUUUCCAUUGUUAUCUUGGGGAAGUUUGGUAGUAAGUCUCACUGUACCAUUAUUUUGCCUGUAAACUGUAACAUUUUUUAAAGAGAACAAGCUAAUUGCUUC